GCACGGAGUUCGGGCCACUUCAGCACUUCUUGGUGUGCCCAACGAUACUACUGCCGCAGAAAUGCUUCGUAUCUUCGUUUGCCUGGCCCUGGCCUCCUGUGCUCUUGCUGGAUUUCUCCACGGUAGUCACAGCCUAGGCAGUGGCAUUGCCUUAGGCAGCGGCGCUGGCCUUGGCAGCGGUGUUGGACUAGGUGGUGGUGUUGGUCUUGGCAGUGGUGUUGGCCUCACUAGCUAUGGUCUUAGCCAUGGAAUCGGCUACUCCGGCCUUACUGGCUUCGGCGUUGGCCAUGGCCUUGCCUACGGGCCAGCGGCCAGCUACGCGGUGGCCUCCCCGGCUGUUACUGGUACAGUCUCCACUUACCAUGCUGCUCCAGCCGUUGCCACUGUCCAUGCUGCACCAGCUGUCACCGCUGUUCACGCGGCUCCAGCUAUCACUACCUAUGCCGCUGCUCCAGUCGCCACCGUUGCCACUGCUCCAGCUGUAUCUCACGUGACUACCUACCAGUCCGCUCCAGUCGUUGCCACUGCCCCUGCUGUGUCUACUACCUUCAACGCUGCUCCUGCCGUGUCCCACGUCACCACUUAUCAGACCACUCCAGUUGUUGCUGCUGCGCCAGCUUCUUCUCGCGUCAGCUACCAGGCCUCGCCAGCUGUGACUAAGGUUUACCAGAAUACUGCGGCUGUCUCUGGUAAUCUAGCUGUGUCCCGCAUUGCCUACCAGUCCAGCCCAGCUGUCGGAACCUUCGCUUCCUCAGCUGGCACCAGACGUUUCCAGUCUAGUCCAGUCGUUGCUGCUGCCCCAGCUGUUUCCCGUGUCAGCUACCAAUCUGCCCCAGCAGGGACCAAGGUUUAUCAGAGUGCUCCAGUUGUCUCUUCUGACCCGGCUGUUGCCAGUGUGGCCAUUGCUCCAGCCGUCUCUCGCCUCACUACCUUCCAAUCUGCUCCAUCUGUGGCUGCGUACGCUGCUCCGGCCGUCACCAAAGUCUUCCAGUCGGCCCCAGUGGUGGCAUCUGCCCCAGCGGUGGCCACUGUCGCCCAUGCUUCCCCAGUUACUACCUAUGCCGCUGCUCCAGCUGUGGCUACCGUCAACGCUGGCCCAGCUGUGACCAAAGUCUUCCAGACAGCUCCAGUGGUGGCUGCUGCCCCAGCUGUGGCCACUGUCACCCAUGCUUCCCCAGUUACUACCUAUGCCGCUGCUCCAGCUGUGGCUACCGUCAACGCUGGCCCAGCUGUGACCAAAGUCUUCCAGACAGCUCCAGUGGUGGCUGCUGCUCCAGCUGUGACCCCUGUCACCCAUGCUGCCCCAGUGAACACUUACGCAACUGCCCCAGCUGUAGCGACCAUUCACACUGCCCCAGCUGUGGCAACCACCACUUUCCACCACGCCCCAGCAGUUUCUACUGUCGCACACGCCGUCCCAGCCUUCGCUACCUACCAGGCUGCUCCAGUCUACGGCUACGGUGUUGGAAGCCUCGGCUACGGCACUGGCCACUAUGGACUUGGCCAUGGUGUUGGUGUCUAUGGCCUGAACUAUGGCUAUGGUCUCGGCACUCCCUUUUACUACAGCACCCUCCUCCGCAGGAAGAAGUACCAGGUGCGGCAUCCCGUGGCAGCCCCCGUAACUAGCGAGCACUCCAUGAUCAAAUCAGGUAUAAAAGUGGUUCGAAGAGAUGGCCACUUCAGGACUCCUUCGUUAGCCAACGGUACCACUGCCAGCAACAUGUUCCGCGUCUGCGUCGUCCUCGCCCUGGCCUCCAGCGCCCUUGCUGGAUUCAUAAACGGUGGCCACGGCUUCGGCAAUGGCGUUGGUCUCUCCAGCUAUGGUCUUAGCCACGGUAUUGGCUACUCCGGCCUCACCGGCUUCGGUCUCGGCAGCGGCCUUGCCUACGGACCAGCUGCCAGCUAUGCUGUUGCCGCCCCAUCUGUUUCUCGUACUAUCUCAACCUACCAUGCUGCUCCAGCUGUGAGCGCUACUUAUGCGGCUGCACCAGUCGCCACCGUGGCCGCUGCCCCAGCUGUUUCGACUACUUACCACGCGGCUCCAGCUGUCGCCACCGUCGCUGCUGCUCCAGCCGUCUCCCGCGUGACCACCUACCAGUCGGCACCAGCUGUCGCUACCUAUGCUGCCCCAGCUGUUUCCCGCGUCACCUACCAGGCUGCCCCUGCUGUGACUAAGGUUUACCAGUCUGCUCCAGUUGUGGCUGCUGCCCCAGCUGUUUCUACCACUUAUCACGCUGCCCCAGCUGUUGCCACGGUUGCUGCUGCUCCAGCCGUGUCCCGCAUCACCACCUACCAGUCGGCUCCUGCUGUCGCUACCUAUGCCGCCCCAGCUGUCUCCCGCGUGACCUACCAGUCGGCUCCAGCUGUGACCAAGGUGUACCAGUCCGCCCCUGUUGUGGCUGCUGCCCCAGCUGUCUCUACCAGCUACCAGGCUGCUCCAGCUGUCGCCACCGUCGCUGCUGCUCCAGCUGUGUCCCGCAUCACCACCUACCAGUCGGCUCCAGCUGUCGCCACCUAUGCUGCACCAGCUGUCUCCCGCGUGACCUACCAGUCGGCUCCAGCUGUGACUAAGGUGUACCAGUCCGCCCCUGUUGUGGCUGCUGCCCCAGCUGUUUCCACCACCUACCAGGCUGCCCCAGCUGUAGCCACCGUCGCUGCUGCUCCAGCCGUCUCCCGCAUCACCACCUACCAGUCGGCUCCAGCUGUCGCUACCUAUGCUGCCCCAGCCGUCUCCCGCGUCACCUAUCAGGCUGCCCCAGCUGUUUCUACCACCUACCACGCUGCCCCAGCCGUUUCCCGCGUCGCCUACCAGGCUGCCCCAGCUGUCACUACCUACAGUGCUCCAGCUGUCACCAAGGUCUUCCAGUCUGCUCCAGUUGUGUCCGCUGCCCCAGCCGUCGCUAGCUACGCCGCUGCUCCAGCUGUGUCCCGUGUGACCACUUACCAGUCCGCCCCAGCUGUUGCUGCUGCUCCAGCUGUGGCCACCAUCGCCCACGCUGCCCCAGUAGCCACAGCUGUUGCCACUCCAGUGGCCACCUACGCUGCUGCUCCAGCAGCCGCAACCAUUUCCCACGCUACCCCAGCUUUUGCUGCCUACAAUGCUGCCCCAGUCUACAGCUACGGUGUUGGAAGCCUUGGCUAUGGUGCUGGACACUACGGUCUCGGCCAUGGCAUUGGCGUCUACGGCCUGAACUAUGGCUAUGGUCUCGGCACUCCCUUCGACUACACCAACCUUCUCCGCAAGAGGAAGUAAAUUGACCUGCUCUCCUGAAGACGAAGGAUGUUGGAGCGAGAAGAACAGUGCUUUGCCCUUUAGCUAUGUUGUUUAUAUUGUGAAAUCAUGUUAGAAAAUAAAUGUUUCCCAUCAAAAAAAA